GAGAACCACAGCAACCAAGGAUAGAGCCACCUUCCUGUCUUCGCCUUUGCUUUCCACACAGCUUCUCCCUCGCUCACCGAUUCUAUACACUUUCCUCUCGUCUCUCCCAGCGCCACUGCCUUACUCGCCAUGAAGGUUACCGUGGUUUUUGGAAAGGACGGCGCUCGCAAGCAGGAGGUCGAGCUGUCGGCCAAUGCCACCGUCGACGACCUCAAGGCGGCCUUUCGCCCACAAAUGGACACCCACCGCAAGUCGUUCCGCAUCCCCGGUCCGGCCUCCGCGGAGCCGGCGGCCCCGGCUGCGAAUGGCAAGAAGCCGCGGCCGAACGUCAUCACCCUCGCCGGCGGGGCCACGCUGGAGAAGCAGGGCGUGAAGGAUGGAAUGGAGAUCACCUUCAAGGACCUCGGUCCGCAGAUCGGCUACCGGACCGUCUUUUUGGUGGAGUACGCCGGCCCCCUUGCCUUCUUGCUGCUGUACGCCAUGCGCCCCUCCUUCAUCUACGGCGCCGUCGCCAUGCCGGCCUACGGCUACGCGCAGAAGCUUUUCAUCGGCCUCUUCGCCGCCCACUUCGUGAAGCGCGAGUUGGAGUCCCUCUUCGUGCACAAGUUCUCGCACCCGACGAUGCCGAUGCGCAACAUCGUGAAGAACUGCUCCUACUACUGGUCCUUCGCGGCCUUCAUCGGCUACGUGCUGUGCCACCCGAAGUUCACCGAGCCGGGCGCGGUACAGGUGAACAUUGGUGCGGCAUUGAUGAUCGUGAACGAGGUGCUGAACUUUGCGGUGCACUACCAGCUUAGCACGAUGCGCAAGGGCGACGGCGACACCACCCGCAACGUGCCGAGCGGUCCGCUCUUCGCCCUCGUGUCGUGCCCGAAUUACUUCUUUGAGGUGAUGUCGUGGGUUGCCUUCUCCGUCGGCACGAACAUGCUAUCCUCCUGGUUCUUCACCCUGGCCGGCUUCCUGCAGAUGCUCGACUGGGCCAAGAAGAAGCACCGCGGCUACGUCAAGGCCGAUCCGGCCAACAAGAAGAAGGCGUGCAUAAUCCCCUUCCUCCUGUAA